UGUGGACAUUUGGUGAUUAGAAAGGAAAGAUUCCUUGGCUACUGAGGUCCCGCAAAUAAUCUCUGGUUACCGUUUAAUUUUCGACAGUUCAAGGUAGACAUGCGCAAAAAUGCUAUGGCCAUUACGCAGUCGCAAAAAUUGCUCAAUCGUACGCAUGCACCAGAAACUUCAGUUUUUGUUAUGAAUCGACACUUACACCCGAUGGGGUACCGAUGCCCGGCUUUUUCAGCUAGACCCCCGUCAAUCCCCAUGGUCAAAUAUACAGUGGAAAUGCUCAGUUUUACUACGAGGAAAAGGAGCAGUAUCUCAGGAAUAAAAACUAAUCACCACACAACAUUUUCCAUUGAUUAUGCCGCCGCGGGAAAUAUUGGAUGAAUUCUUUUUUUCCUACUAGUAUACCACCUGAGUGACUUCAGGGUCACCCCACUGGUAACCAAUCAUGAUGAUGAUAGGGGAUGACGUGAGUGAGCCCUCCUCACCGGAGUCUGCUUUUGACGACUCUGAUUUGCUGAAUUCGUCAAUGCAUGAUGAUGUCACAGCACAACUUGCCGCAGCAGGUCCAAUUGGUGUUGCCGCUGCUGCCGCCAUAGCAACCGGAAAGAAAAGAAAGCGCCCUCACUCCUUUGAAACCAAUCCUUCAAUCCGUAAACGACAACAGACCAGGCUGCUCAGAAAAUUGAGAGCUACAAUUGACGAGUACACCACCAGAGUUGGUCAGCAGGCCGUAAUGAUCUGCUGCACUCCAGGAAAACAGGAAACCAACUUUAAAGUGUUUGGGGCCAACCCUCUUGAUCACGUGGUCCGCAGCUGCAAGAGCGUCAUCAUGAGCGAGCUGGAGAAUGCACUGGCGCAGCAGACCCCACCGGCCCAGUCGGGUGAUAACACCAACCUGUAUGACCUCCCACCGUUGGUGCUAGAUGGCAUCCCCACCCCGGUCAACAAGAUGACGCAGGCCCAGCUCAGGGCAUUCAUUCCGCUCAUGUUGAAGUAUUCCACAGGGAGGGGUAAGCCUGGCUGGGGGAAGGAGAGUUGUCGCCCGGUCUGGUGGCCGUCAGAUCUGCCCUGGGCGAAUGUACGAAGCGACGUACGUACGGAGGAAGAGAAAAAGAAGGUGUCUUGGACUCACGCCCUGCGCACCAUCGUCAAGAACUGUUACAAACACCACGGGAGGGAGGAUUUGCUGCCAGAAUUCACUGAAGACAAAGACGUCAAGGACCUGAUGCAGCACCAACGGACACAGACCACCAUUAUCCCCUCCCACGCCGUCGUACAGACCAUCAAUAACCCUGACGGCACUGUGUCCCUCAUACAGGUUGACACGGGGAACACCGUCGCUACACUGACUGAUGUCAAUCAAGUGCAACAGGUACAGCAGGUUCAACAGAUGGGUCAGAUCCAACACGUCCAGCUGCAUCACAUCCCGGUCCAGCCCCAGCAGCAAGCCGCUCAGGCCGUCCAGACCCUGGCCGAAGCCGCCGCCUCCCAGGCCGGCACCGUGGUCACUACCACCACCCUCCCCCAGGCACCUCAGGCCACACCCGUGUCGGUGGAAAUGAACAGUGAAGGCGCGGCCCAGGGCGUGGCUACCAUCGCCGAAGCCACGCUGGCCGAAGGCACACACAUCAUGCUGGCCAGUAACGGUGAGACUAUGGGAACCAUCAGCACAGUCGGCACUGAUGGAGCAACACAAGGCAUCGUCAUCCCAGCCUCCAUGUAUCAGAGUAUGGUGAACAGCAUGCAACAGCACGGCGGACAAGUCCAGGUACACACCCAGCUACCCGUCCACACCGUGGCCGUAGUCCAGACCCAGCCCACAGCCGUGGUGCAAGGCCAACACAUCCAGCAAGUGGUGGUGCCGUCUGGCAUCGUGACGGCCAGCGGGCAGCUGCAGCAGGCGCAGCAACAGCAGCAAGGGCAGCCCCAACAACAGCAGCAGCCGCAACCACAGCAGCAGUCCGGGACGGUGCCGUUGGCGACCCAAGCCGUGGAGGAUUCACAAGCUUUUUCAAGAAAGAUCCAGACCAGUCUUUAAAAUCUGCAGUGGAACUUGAGAUCACUAAGGUUAGUGAACACAACAAAGUCUCCAAAUUAUGCCAUGAAUGUCCGCUAGCAGAUCUCAACCUUUCUCCUGGUUCCCCUCCAAAGAAACCAGUUCCGAAUUGAGACAUCACACAAGCGUUCAUGUAUUUAAUACUUUUGAAUGCAAUUGUUACAGCAGAUUGGUUUCAUGCUAUUUAGUGUCAACAAACAUCAACAAGUUUCAACAAAAAACGGCAUUUUUAGCUCCUAAAUGUGACAUUCAAUACAUCACAUUCAUUUCCAAAGAUAUUUUAAUGUGCAAUUUUGAUCACCCAAGUGGGCAAGUGACGGUACUGUCUGUCCGUGUAGAGAGUCUGGCUGCCAUCUUGUUUGCAUGCGACCCAUUGAGAAAAGAAAGAUGAUGGCUUCCACCCUGUGUAAAAAUAUUGUUUUCCUGCAACUAAAAAUUCUGGAAGUGAAUUCUUCAACAUUCUAAAACUAUAAGAUAUGUGAGAGCCUUUGAAAUGGGAUGAUGUGUCUCUUAAACUUAAAAGCACAUUUCAAGGUUGUCAACACUUUGUUGAUGCCGAUUGUGUUUGUUGAUGUUCCUUAUCACUAAACAGCACAGCCCCAAGACUGUGGUCUUACAGUGAUAUGGAUUUGAAAGGUGCCAAGGCCAUCUUUGAGAACAGACUUUAUUACACAGCUCUGUAAAAGUUUGGUGCUACAUUUUUCAAGUACUUCAGAAUAAUCAAAAACACCAUCCUUGGACAAACUUAACAAGUCACUCAACGUCAAGUUGUCUCCUUUUUCAAGGGAACAUUCUUUAGAACCAAAGUGGUUAAAAACCUGUUGUGUAAAAUGCAGAUUUAGCAUUACCUUCUGCUGUCACUUGCCCUGCGUUGCUGCCACUGGUGAAAAGCUACCAUACUCCCGCAUACUUUAUUCAUCCCACAGCAUGAAUAAUUCACCAACUCACGUUUUGGUCUUGUCGAUAGUGAGCAGCUGGUAUGAAAGAUUUUCUUCAAAGCCGCAUUGAUAUUAAACAAAAGAAAUGUAUGAAGAAAAAACUAGAUUCAUUGAGCACAAUGUGUAAUUAUGAAAUUGUACUGAUUCGCAGUCUUUUCAUUGCUUUUACUGUGAAAAACAGGAGACUUUUGGAAUCAUCCUGUACAGUAGUUAAUGUAAUUCAGAUGUGCUGUGGAGUGGGACAUGGUUUAGUUUGUAACACAGAAACAUGUUGUUCUCUUGAGUAAAUUCAGAAUUGAGUUGUUGAUAUGGAGCUGUCAAGUUGUUCAGCCAAGGUAGACCUGAGUUUAGAGCGGCAUCUGUUAUUUACUGGGCAAGAAGAUGUAGAGGCCAUUAUGGCACUGAUACCGUCCUCGUGCACAGGAGGUAUACUCUCUUGAUACCUCUUAGACCAGUAGUUGUGACAUCUCCGAAGUACAAGCAUUUGGGUCUCUCCUCAUUUAGCAGUGUUAGAUCCAAAGCUCUUUCAUACUGGCAAACUUCUCUCUUGUUGAAUCGCAUGUUGUUGGUCAUUUAAAUGUGUUUCUUGAAGUCAUGAACAUAUUGUGUGGAGUAGACACCUGUUUCUGUAUUUCAUGCCAGUUCAUUAGAAUGAAGAUGAACUUUUACCUCUUUAUUUUUAUCUGUGAAGACUUUUUUUCUUUUUAAAUUAAGGGAAUUUUUUAGUGAAACUGAGUGCAAAACCUUUGCUGUAGUUUAUUUGGUGGGCUGUCGCAUAGUCCACAGUGGACGGUGCCCACUGUAGACUAUCAUCAGAAUGGAAUGGCAGUUUCAAUUCCAUUUGUGCAAGAUAACUGAAGUUGUAAAACAAUUGGAUGCUCAUUCAAGUGAGCGCACCCCCCCCAGUGCUACGCUAGAUGCAUUGGUAGUGUAACAUUGUGUCCUCUUUGCAGCUUCUAUAGAGAGCACUUCAUGAGCACUUAAAAAUCUGGGGUAUUUUGGGAACGUCCAAAGCAAAUAUGCGGCCGAUUUCAAAAUUUUUAACAUUGAGAGCCUCUACCUGCACUGUGUGUGUAUAGUAUCUGUGAGUUCAUCAAACAUGUCUGGCAAGACAAGUACCUGCUUAUUUUUUAUGACACUGUGUUGUGACCAGCUCGAUAGGAUUGCUUCUUUCUGGAGUUUUCGAUGGUGGCACACUCAAAUAACCUGCUCUUGGCUCCAUGUUAUUAUAAGGACAAAAACUUGUAUAGUAAGUUGCUGCUAUUGCCAAUUUGAAAUAUUGCAUUUAAAUGUCUGUCGUCUUUAUUUAAACCUAAAUUGGCUCUAUUCUGUUUGAAUGUUCUCAGGGUAGAAGACCUCACUUGUUAAAUUAGUGUUCUUGUGUUUUCUCAUCUAGAAGAAAGAUGCACCAUUAAUCGAUUGUAUUGACUUGUAUGUAUUAUGUUGUACAGUUUUAGAAUGUGUGAAUAGAAAUCUGUACAUAGGAGGUCUUACCUCCCUGCAGAGUACAUUAAAGGCAAAAAAUUAGAAAUGAAAUCGUAA